CUCAGAUUUUGUUCUGUAAUUAUGUACUAAAAUGCAUUCAAUUGUUCAUAUUGGUGUUCUCGUUCACUACAUAACCAAUUUAAAAUAAAUCUGGGUGACAUUGUUCAACAUGUCGAUAAAUGUAUCACUGGUGUGACUAUAAUUUAUGGACGACCUUUGAGUGACGCUACAGUAACCUUGAGGGUGUCCACCUACAUACUACAGCUAAUUGAGAGUUAUAAACCAGUGUGAGGAAUUACAAUUAUGAUUUACAGUUGAUAUUUAAGGUUAGAAAUUAGAUCUAAGGGGUUUUCAUCACAAACUGAUAUCAGUUAUAAUGUCAAAACUCUAUUUUACUAAGUGGAUGAAUGAAUUUCGCGCCAAAAUUCAAGAUCUGCUCUCUUAAAUCUGAUUGGUUCGUUCAUAAAUUAUAGUCGUUAUGUUAACCAUCUAUACUUCAUUGUUUGUUUUGUUUUUUGCAAGGAGUUAUAUUUCAGUCAGAAUAUGUUCGUAUUAGACGUUCUAUUGAGAAGGUUAACACAAAUAUUUAUUUAUUCAAUUAUUAUUUAAGUAAAACAUGAUUAUUAAGAGAAAAUGAAAUUUGUAAAUAAACAUCUACCAUGGUAUACUGUGUUCAUAUUGUUUAACAGUGUACAGACAUUUGUUGUUGAUAUUCUGUUCUUUGAGCCGAAUGAUUCAUUUAGAGAAGAAGACGAAAAGAAAAAGAAGGAGAAGGAAAUAAAGACUUUUAAUGUUUGUUGUUUACAUCAUCAUUUGAUGAUAACUUCAUGUAAAACUGUGAAUUUCACUUAUUGUGUUAAUGGACUUGUAUGUAAUUAGAUUAUGAUUGAUUAUCUCCAUGGAUUUUAUGCAUAAUUAUGGUAUGAUUAUCUUGUGUUUAAUCGUCUUUUUGAAGUUAUAUUUCAAUAAGCUUAAUUUAUUUCAUGUAAUUGGUUCUAUUAAUGAGUUUAAAUAAAGUCAGAACAAACAUGGAUGCAUAAUAAUAUCGAUUCUUACUAUGGUGUUGUAUACAUUAUUAAGUUUUUGAUGAACUGAUUUAUGUUAGACCACCAUUGAAAGCCUGGAAUGGCUGGGCGGCAGUUUCGUUCUAGCAUGGGACUCCUCAGCAGUGCAUAUCUAUGAUCUCGUUCGAGGGAUUCGAACCCACGACUUUCGGUUUCGCGAGCGAACGCUUAACAUUUAGACCACUGAGUCGGCAUCCAACGGUGUUAAUGUCUAACUUCAACUGAUCCACGAAAUUGAGCUUCAAUCUUUUACUGUACUGAUGUAGAUACCUGUCUCUACCAGACACAGAUUAGCUACAUUGGUCACUGUUUCUCACUAAAACUCCGAGAAUCCUCUCAUGACACUUGUCACUAAUAAGCACAUGGUAUUUAUCAGUAUGAAUUGGUUAGAUCUCAUAGUUUCUCAUAAGCUGCUUACUCAUUGAUAUGUAUUGAAGGUUAACAUUAAGAUAAGAUAUAGCGUGAAACAGUUGAUAUGGAUGAAUGAAAAGAAUUGGAAUGACAAAUCUUAUUAAUAACAACUAUAUGUAUGCAUGUGCAGGAACAGGUUGGAGGUCAUUUGGUGUUGGAACCUAAAACAAACAUAAGGCAUAGGUGAUGCAUUAAUUAUGUGAGGUUCAGAGACAUAUAAGUUAAAUUGUGUGAUAAUUUUGGGGGUUAAUAAGCGAUUGCAUAAGAGUUCUGGAAUUAAAGAACUGAUAAGAUGGGUUACGUAAUAAUGGAAUGAGAUUUGAAGAGUUUACGUCGAGACUAUGAUUUAUAGACGACCUUUGAACGAAUAUUUAAAUGACCCUGAAAAACUUAGCCAAUCAUAGAACUGUUAGUAUAAAGUAAAAAUAUAUAAUACAAAACCAAAGAAAUAGAGUGGAUACACUUCUUGUCAAGGCUGAAAAGAGGUUCGGAGGUCCUGAAAUCGUAAUGCCUACGGUAAAGGGACUCAUCCACAGGUCUCCAUAAUAAUCGGCCUCUCGCGUCAUGACAAGGUUGCAAAAACUCUUUCGGCCUCGACCACAUAGCUUCAAUAUUGUUUGUGAGCACUCCGGUUGUUGGGUAAACAAAAUGCCACUUGUGAAUAACGACACGAUACACAUAACCAAGUCUAUGUAAGAGUCUGUACGCUCUCCAAUCAUUCUUAUAUAUUGUAGUGACUGGCUGAACAUAUUCGCCUAUAAUUCGUAUUACUGUCGUUGCCUGUCGAUUUCUGACCCUUUGGAUGUGUCACUUUUUGGUUGACCUGUCGUAAAUUCUAAAAGCCUGUAAGCUAUAUUCAUGUAAGUGCUAUUUAACCAAUCUUCUUUACAACUACGUCCUCUGUUAAAUUUUCGCUUGUUGACUAUUGUUUCGUCUACUUGAUUACUGUAUUCACAAAUAAAGAAACUUCCUAGCUAUCCCAAUUGUUGUAGCCGCUAAAUUCUCACGUCUUCUCUUAAAUCCUCUGUUAACUAAUAGUACGUGAGCAUCAGGUACUGAAAUUGUUGCCGUAACCUUGAAGCAAUUCUAACGCUUCUGAAUGACUCGUCCGUAAAUUAUAGACUAGCCAAAAUUCAGUAAGGGAAGAUCACAUAACAAAAUGAACACAAAUAGAAUAAAACUAAUGACAGAAAAUGAUCUACCACGAUAGUGAUAGGUCUACUACUAUCUCUUUUUGGAUACAUAAAUUAGAUUUGAGUUAUUUUUUAUCACUAUUGCUUCAACGAAGCGAACAGACGCUGCAUUUUGAAGGUCUGGGGAAUGUUAAUAAUGUGCCUGCAGCAAUCUUGAAGACUCUCCCCGUUUCCCACAUUGUACGAGCAUUCCAUAUACCUACGUGAAUCAAUAUACAUAACUAUGUGAUUUCACUGUUAACCUUUUCAUUGCAUAGUUCCAUCAUGUUAAUUAUUCUUGUAAGGAAUUUCACUAUUUGUCUCCAUUGAAUAUAUCUACAUUAUAAUAUGUUUAUCAUUGUUGUUUCAUCGGAUCCAAUUUUUUGCUUCUAAUCUCCUAGUUGUGAUAACUUAGUUUAUCAAUAUCUAUGUGCAUACAAAUCGAUCUUCAAUGAAAAGAUUCAACCGAAUAUGCUAUCAAUGCAUAACUGUCAUCGUUUUGAAACCGAUGCUUCUCGUUUAAUAUAUAUUAAAUUACUCGUAAAGCUUCAAUCAGUGAUACGUUUGCAUAAUUACUAAUGAAAUUUAUAUAAGGAAUUACCAGUUAGAUAGAUUCAAUUGAAAACAAUAUCACAUUACUGGGAUGACUGAAGUUAGACAGUAACACUGUUGUAUGCCGGCCGGUUCAGCAUUCUAAAAAUUAAGAACUCGCACGCGGAGCCGAAACUCCUAUGUUCGAGUCCCGUGAGCGGGAUCGUGACUGCGCACUGCUGAGGACGAAACGGCUGUCCGAUGCUUCCGUGGAUUUUAUUCAUAGUACACAUUUAUUACACAUAUACCUAUUGAGAUACUAUCAAAAAUAAGGAAGAAAUCGAUGGCUAUUUCAUUUCUUCGUUAUAAAUUCUUUAUUCUAAAAUCUUUUCAUCCCUGAAUAUGCAUUUAAUCUGGUUCACAUGUUCCACAGUAUGGACAAACUUGUGAUAAAUAAUCCGUCAAACUGUAAUAUGAAUCAUUUUUUUCAAAAAAUAGGGAAUGAUGGUAAAUCGGUUGAUGAUGUCGUGGAUUUUCGCCGACGAGAUGAUUGGGCCAAGUGUUGCGUAUAUCUGAACACCGACUACAACGAAGUGCAAUGUUCACCAGUGUUGGGGGAUGGUUAGAAGAAAGUUAUGGGAUGCCAAACUAAAACGUGACAUCAGUGCUUGAAGUCACCAACUUCUGGUCUCAGCCAUGUUGGUAGAUGCAGACUACUUAGUUGGGGUUCACGUGACUAUCGUAACCAGUGGUUGGAGACCCUUGGUUACACGGCUCGGAAUCGAUCACAAUGGCGUGGGUGAAUAUACUCUCUAUCUUCCCUUAAACCGUGAGAUUGAAAUCGCUUCAUAUCUUUCUUUCUACGUACUAAUUCUUUCUUCCUGUAUUGUAUCUUUAUAUGCAAUCUUUCUUUUAUGCAUUACCACCACUGAAUUAACUACUAGGAAUCCGGUGUUUACCUUGUUGUGCUAAUGAGGUGUGGCGGCUCGAACCGAUGCAUAUAUGUGUCUGGACCUACGUUGCAGCUGACUGACUGAAACAUUAUAUCCUUAUUUUGUCGAAAGGUUUCAUCCGUUUCAGUAUCCACUUAAUUAUAUUCAUGAAUUGGUAGGUAGUUCGUAAUUAUUUCCGAGAUACAUCAAUAUUAUCAACAAUUUCUAUAGAUUUAUGAAUGACUGAAAUCAAGUAAUUAGCUGGUAAAUCCAAUUUACUAUCAGAGAUUCAUUCAGAUUAUAAGUUAAUUGAUAAAGGCGACUCUAUUGUUAUUUCAAUCAAAUUAGUCUUAACUAAAACGUUAAAAGUAAAAAAAAUCUAUUUAUAUUAACCAUCACUUUUAUGAUCGAUCGAUUCAGGCUGGUGUAGUUAAUGAUGUAAUUUUUAUGAUAACCCAUUCAACAACAUUUAUAAAUGUAUAGUUAUUGAUAUAGGUAUACUUCAUUGUGAGACUGACUGAAUAUGAAGUUAAAGUCCUCUUCACGUUUCUCGGCUCUGACGGAUAGUGAGUGAACGCAGUAAAGGUGACAAAUCUCGUGCUAAGGCCAAAACGCGAUCAGACUGUGCUGGUCUGCAGUUCUCAGCUGGUCGUGUCCAUCACCUCCUUCGCAAGGGUAACUACGCAGAACAUUUCGGAGCUGGUGCCCCUGUUUAUUUGGCAGCUGUCUUCGAGUUCCUGAGAGCUGAAGUUCUUAAGUUGGCUGACAAUGUCGCCACUUAAAAGGCCAAGUGUAUUAUCGUCAAUCUAGCUUUUAUGUGGCUUAUGACAUAAAUGUGUCAGUAUAUCAUAUAAUAUGUAACUGGUCUUCACGAGAAUUUUCAGCAAAAUUAACGUAAAUUUAAUGCCUGGAUACAUUUCACAAAAUCGAUGUCCGAUUUUGUGUCUUUCUUUUUAUGUUGUUCUCUUCUGUUGGAUCGGUAAAUAUUUUGAAGGGGAUAUUGAGAUGGAAUUUGGCGUAGUAACAUUUUUGUCAUCAAUCCAUAUAGAUUAAGUAACUAAUAGUAAACUCAAGUCUAUAAUUAGCCACAAAUUUAAUCCACCUACAUACGUAACAGAUAAAUUUCAAAAAAAUUGGAACAACAAUAAAAAAGAUAAAAAUGGAUCUGUGUAAAGAUUGUAGAUUUUGGCACAAAGAACUUCUAAGCUUAUACCUUGGAAAACCCACUUAAUGUACUAAUUAGUGUAAAAAUCAUGUCGAUUUUAAAUUUUCCAGCAUGUGAUGUAUCAAAUUUUUAUAAUCAAUGAUCAAUAUAUACCCUGAAAUGUGGUCAAUAGUUUUCGACUCUUCGUCCUUUCAUUUCCCCAAGAGAAAUCAUAGCACAGGAACAAAUCAUUUAUAUACACGUGCAUUUCAAUUAUAAACUUUCUAUUGAUAUAUAGUUGAAAUUUUUUAAUCUGAAAUCUUAUAUGACGGGUUGAAAUGGGCCAAAUAAAAAGUGAUUUCAGAAAGUGCUGUAUAAGUGAUUUGUAUCUCAAUAGAAAUAUUUGAAGAAUAUCACUGCCAAAGUCUAUUGUUGUGCAGGAACACUUUAGUGUUUUAAAAUAAGGGACAUGAGCUAAAUCAGAUAACUGCAGUAGCCAGGUAUCUUCUGACUUGCCUCAGAAAUGAGUAGGGUGAAUCAACUAGCCAGGGUUCCGAAACAUUUAAGGACGUGUCCAAUCUUUUUUAAUGAAUUACUAAGCCAGUUUAUGGUAAUAUUUCAGGAUAAUUGGAAAUCACAACGAACAAGUUACUUUGUUUAUAUAAGCCAAAUCCUCAACAUAUAAUAGCUCCGCCUGGAGUCCCUCCGGGGGCUACUUCCGGUCUCAAGCCCGGAUAAAGGAGGAGAGUUGGACACGGAGUUAUCGACCCCAUCCCGUAGAAAACUAACUCUCCAAAAAAACCCUAGCCUGAAAAAAUUAUUCAAACCUCUUAAACUCUGCCCUGGGAGUCAGAAGCUCUUCAUUUAGAAGAGCUAUGACGCCUCAUGAUGAAAGCUGGAUUCGUUCGGAAAUUACGAGGCCGACGCCCCUUCUGACAACCAGAGCGACCAUUUAUUUAGGUACAUGGAAUGUUCGUACAAUGUGGGACACCGGGAGAGCCUUCCAAAUUGCUGCAGAAAUGAGAAGAUACAACCUAGAGGUACUUGGGAUCAGUGAAACACAUUGGACACAUGUUAGACAACAACGACUAGCUUCAGGGGAGCUUCAGUUAUACUACGGUCAUGAUUAAAAAAAUGCCACACAUACACAAGGAGUUGCAUUGAUGCUGUCCAAUUAAGCACAAAAUGCACUUGUAGGAUGACAAUCUCAUGGACCAAGGAUCAUCAAAGCCACCUUCAAAACAAAGAAAGAGGGUAUUACAAUGAAGAUCAUCCAAUGCUAUGCGCCUACCAACGACUACAAUGAAGACGCUAAAGAUCAAUUCUACGAUAGACUGCAGUCAAUCGUCGAGAAGUGCCAAACAAAAGACGUGACCAUUCUGAUAGGAGAUUAACUGACAAGGUUGGAAUGGGCAUCAACGGAUAUGAAGACAUCAUGCGAUUAGGAGAAAGGUGAAAUAUUUUCAAACCUGUGUGCCUUCAACAAACUGGUCAUAGACAGCACAAUAUUCCUACAUAAACACAUUCACAAAAUCAAAUGGGCUUCAUCGGAUCACACCACGCAAAACCAAAUCCACGAUAUCUGCAUCAACAAAACGUUCAGGAGGACGAUGAAAGAUGUGAGAACCAAGAGAGGAGCUGACAUAAGAUCAGAUGAUCACCUGCUGGCCGUCAAGACGAAAUUGAAACUCAAGAAGUACUGAACAACGGAGCGGACAAUAUCACAAAAGUUCAAUACGGCCUAUCUUCGAGAUACUGACAAACUCAACAAAUUCAAGAUAGCCCUCAACAACAAGUUCCAGGUCUUUCAUGAUCUACUCAAUCGAGGAAGAACUACUAUGGACAGCAACUGGAAAGGAAUAAAAUAAGCAAUCGCUUCGACAUGCCGUGAGGUUCUGGGCCACGAGAAGCACCAUUACAAGGAAUGGAUCACUGUUCAUACAAUAGAUAAGAUUCAAGAAAGGAGGAACAAGAAGGCAGCAGUCAAUACCAGCCUGACAAGAGCAGAAAAAGUCAAGGCAGAAGCUGAAUAAACAGAAUUAAACAAACAAGUAGAGGGGAGCAUCAGAAAUGACAAACGUAUAUAUGUGGAAGAUUUAGUAAUGACAGCGGAAAAGGCUGCAACAGAAGGAAACAUGAGAAAACCGUAUGAAAUAACGAAGAAACUCUGUGGAAAUCGCCGCAAACCAGAACGACCAGUGAAAAGCAAGGAAGGCGAGGUGAUCACCAACGUUGAAGAGCAACGAAACAGGUGGGUAGAACACUUCAAAGAACUCUUGAAUCGACCAGCCACAAUGAACCCACCCAACAUCAAAGUAGCGCACACGGUCCCCCUAAUAAAUGUUGGCCCACCAACAAUUGAAGAGAUCAGCAUGGCCAUCAGAAAAAUCAAGAGUGGCAAAGCAGCAGGAUCAGACAACAUUCCAGUAGAGGCUCUGAAAUCAGAGGUAGCGGUAACUGCAGGAGUACUCCAGAUUCUCUUCAAUACGAUUUAGGAUCAGGAACAAGUACCAGUAAACUGGAAAGAAUGACUUCUGGUCAAAAUACCAAAGAAAGGCGAUCUCAGCAAGUAUGAUAACUACAGGGCCAUCACUCUUCUCUCAAUACCGAGUAAAGUCUUCAACAGUGUAUUGUCAAACAGAAUGAAGGACUGCGUAGACGCCCAACUUCGACACCAACAGGCUGAAUUUCGUAACGAUAGAUCGUGUUCAGACCAAAUCGCAACUCUACAGAUGAUUGUGGAACAAUUAAUUGAAUGGACUUCAUCACUCUACAUCAACUUCAUUGACUACGAAAAAGCAAUUGAUAACGUGAACAGAACAACACUAUGGAAGCUUCUUCGAUAUUACGGAGUGCCUCAAAAGAUAGUCAGUAUCAUACAGAAUUCCUAUGACGGAUUAGACUGCAAAAAUCGUGUAUGGAGGACAGUUGACAAACUCGAUCGAGAUAAAAGCCGGUGUCAGGCAAGGUUGCUUACACUCACCCUUUCUCUUUCUCCUGGUGAUCGACUGGAUCAUGGAGACGUCAACACCUGAAGGGAAGCAUGGGAUACAAUGGACAUCUAGGAUGCAGUUGGACGAUCGAGACUUCACAUCUGUUCUGGCCCUCCUAUCACAAACGCGACAACAACCUUUGGAACUCAAAACAACUGUCAACCAACACCAAAGUCAGAAUUUUCAAUACAAAUGUCAAGACAAUUCUACUGUAUGUGGUGGAAACUUGGAGAACUACGAAAACCACCAUCCAGAGGAUACUAAUGUUUAUUCACAGUUGUCUAUUCAAAGUACUUCGGAUCCGUCGAUCAGACGUUAUAAGCAACAUCCUACUGUGGGAGAGAACAAACCGGAUUGUAUUUUAGGGAGAAAUCAGGAAGAUGCAUUGGAAGUGAAUAGGCACACAUUGAAGAUAGCACUCAACUGUGUCACAAGACAAGCCCUCGCCUGAAACCAGCAAAGCCAAAUUAGGAGAGGAAGACCAAAGAAUACAUUAGGCCGAGAAAUGGAGACAGAUAUGAGAAGAAGGAAUAACAGUUUGAUAGAACUAGAAAGACAGUCCCUGGACAGAAUGGGUUGGUAAAUGCUGGUCGGUGGCCUAUACUCCGUUGCGAGUAACAGACGUAAAUCUAAUCUAAUCUCAUCAACACAUAGCGGCUUGCUUAUUUAUGAAGUCACGAAACUUAAGUCCGUUCUCUACAGUGGGCAUUAUUUCUUAAAGAAACCAGUAAGUUUGUUACUUUAACUGAAGAUCGAAAGUUAACUAAAAUCCAUUUAUAUAUAUAUAUAUAUAUAUAUAUAUAUAUAUAUAAACUCUUCUGUCCUAUGGAUGUAUGUGCAUCAAUGCCAAGGUUGGACUUGACAGUUUCGAAUAAAGUGAGCAUUAGGUAAAAAUUUAAUAAUAUAUAUAUUCACAUUGACAAAUCCAGGCCAAUUUUUUAUUUUGACUGUACAAAAAAUAUUCCGCAUUGAUUCCUUCGUACCAUUUAAAUAUGUGUUAAUUAAAUUUGGUUAUUUAUUUAAUCUGAAUACAUGGCUUAUAUUAAGCCACGAAACGACAGUAGUAUAAUUGUUCCAUUAAUUGGGAUAUAGCAAAAAUAUAAUUAUUUCUGAUUCCCUCAUUAGUCAAUCUUAUGUAACUCAGCAUAAGUAAGAGUUUCCGUAUUUUAAAACAGUCAGUGAAUACCCACACUGUUUUACCACUUCUGUAGUCCUUGAAUUAUUUUUCAUUUCCUACGAUAACGUGUUAAAAAAUACCAUCAUCUCUUCUUGAAAAGACAUAUAAAAAACUGCCAAACAUCCAGCUUUCUGGUAUCAUUGAAAAAUAAACAAAAAAUAAAUUGUAGCGGUCCAAUUCUGUUUAAAUUUCUAAAAUAAGCUGCCCCACUGGCAACUCUGAUGAAAUCCAACAAGUGUGCAACCUUGUGUUAAAAACUCGAUUCUGCAUUAUCAUCUGUUUAAAACUGAGUAUGAACGCGUGAAUGCUGUAUAGUGUCUCGCUUGACAGUAUCCUUGUUGUAUCCAGAAUAUUACAUCUUCUUUUCUAUUAUAACUCUCAUGCCAAAGACACAUGUAAGCAUUCUUUUAUUCUUCUCAGUUUACAUUGAUCAAAUCUUCAGAAUUGGACUUUGUUCCAGAAUUGUCUUUGAUAUUCUUCAUUGCAUGACAGCAAUGUCUUUUGGACUGAACUUAAAAUUAACAGAGUGCAUUGGUUGCUCAAUAUCACUACAAAUAUUUUUUGACCGCAACAUUCUAGAUCCCCGUGAUACGAAAAUUACUGAACGGCAUUCUGCCAUAAAAAUCAGAUCACUUCAUACCAACUUACAAUAGAACAAGGAAGGACUACUCCGUCAUGCAAUAAAAACCAAGAAAUGCGUUUUCCAAAAAUUCAUCGGUCUGAAUCCCACAGUAGUCCGAACAGUUCAAAAUUUGGGGUCUAGAUGUAUCUUCUUGAAGUAUCCCUCAUUUUGAACCUACUGAAGGUAGAUAUGAUGUCCGCAGGCUCGCCAGAUUAAUCAUGGAGAAAUCUGAGCAUGUAGAAAUAAGUAAAGUCGCAAGAUAAACAGUUCGCUAAGUCCUCAAUAUUUGAUGCUGUCCGCAUUAGUUUCAGUGCACUCAUCUAGCUGAAGGUACUUGGUCACGGAUCCGUACCACAUCGUGAGUGGUUACACCGUGCUACGCACCCGUUUCAUCUAUUAGUCAGCUUAGACCAAAUGUUCAUAGACAUGCACAAUUCUAUCAGUAGUGAAAGCACUACAGGUAGUUGGAAAAGUUUAAGAAGAUAACCAUUAGGUCGUUUCGCGAAAUUGCAUUGCUGUCGUGUGAUGAAAGACUAGACAAGGUACAUUUGUUUACCUCUGUUGUGUAGCGUCGAAUCACGGUUGACUAUGAUCACCACUACAGGAAGACUACGUGCCAGUUACACGAUAAGAUCCCUCGUAGGCCAAAUAUCACCAAUCGCGUUCUGUUGAUAAAAGUAGGUCACUACAACCUAUAUGGAGAAAAAGUAGAGGUGAGAUAAUCGAAAUUUUGUAAUAAUCUACUGAUAAAUUUGCGUCUGACAUAACUCGUAUCUGUUGCCUAACAAGAAGGAGAAUUCACUAAAUCACUAAUAAAGUUCCACUACCUUGUCAACUGAGAUCCGGCCUUUAGCGCAAGGACUAAGAACAACUAACAGACCUUCAUUUCUUAACCAACUGAAACAAAGUAAUCGAAGUUCAUUUCACAUACAUGCUUAUAAUAUAUGAAAACCCAUAAAUAAAUUAAUUGAACAUUGCCUAGUUAAAAUGACAAAACACCUCGCUGGAUGCUACCAAAAACCUAGAUUUACUUAUUAACAUCAUUGUGUGAAUGUGAAGGAUGCAGUCACUUUAUAUCAGCUUCAUGGAAAAAAUAUUGGAGAUUUGGCAUCGUGACGAUUUUCAACUUGUGCGGUACUUCAUCUCAAUCUUACUAUGUGCAAUGAAUUUCCUAUUGUAAGUUGCACAUGGAGUGACAACUGCAUCCGCUAUAACAUGGACCUCAAGUGUACAGUUUUUGGUUAUACUUCGGUUUAGAUAGAAUAUGAGAGUGCUUAUUCCAUGUAUAAAAUAAUUGCUAGUUUUCGAAUCAUGUCUGUUCCGUACUUAACUCUUUUAUGGAUUACACUAAACCCAUUUAGGUUAAUUAAGUCAAUAUCACUUCGCGCACGUUAACAAAUAAAUUGCAAGGAUUUGCAGUUACUGCAGACAAAUAAAUAGAAACUAAGUUCUGUCGUGAAGCUAUCAGGUCCAAUUUUCUGCAAGCUCAUAUCACAGACAUAUGGCAUCAACUAGCUGCACAGCAAAUAAUCUGGAGCCGUGAUAUUAUUAAGGCUUCAACAUUGAGGACAUUGUUCAAAACCCAGUGUUAAUAGCAUGGGACGGCUAUAAAUGUGGUAUCCAGACCACAGCAUUUAUUAGAUCGAAGUAAGACGGCAAUCAGUUCUCAGCUGUAUCUUGUAAAGUUUCCAACCUUCGAUCUCAGACAGUUUUGUGCUUUGUGGAUAGAAGGUAGGGGGAGUCUGUCAAUCCUUUUCUUCACCUGUCUUACCUCUUAAACGAGUUGAUUAAAAGUGUGGACAUUCCUCCUUCUGGCACAAGAUUCAAGCGUUCAUUACGCAAUGAGAAAAAGUCUACACGCCUUGUAGAUCCUGUUCAUUCUUGGCUCUUCCCAUACCCUCCGAGUUGUCCUGACCUUGGUGGAAGUCAGAAAGAGAAUUAAUUAGUCCUAAGUCCAUUCCUUGCCAUCCUUUACACCAUAAAUAAAUCCCCUCUUAGUUCUGUGUCGUCUUCUAAGUAAGGACCUGGGAGUAGUAAACAUUUUUAACUUAGCCCUCACUAGAGUUGUGAAAAACUUAGUGAACGGAAUUGUACUUGAUUUGGUGGCGAGACUCUAGUUUAGCGACGACCUUUGAACGAAUCUUAAAUGACCUUGACAAUUUUUAGCCAAUCAGAAGACAGUUAAUAUAAAGUGAGAAUAUGUUGUAAGUAAUGAAUUAUAGUGGAGGCUCUGAAUUCAUAAUGCAUAUGGUAUAGAAACUCAUUCAUAGGGUUAGUGGUUAGGGCUGUAGCCUAGGCUUGGGGUGCUAACAUCCGAUCAGUUCACAACGGAUAUUAGAGGUUAGGGUUAGGGGUGAGGGUUAGGGUCAGGAUGGAGUUGAGGCCUGUCAAAAAACACCUCUUCUCUAAAAUCCGAUGUAAACCGAUCGCAUGUUAGCACCCUAACCCUAAACCCUAAUCUAACCCUAACCUUAACCUAACCCUAACCUAAUCCUAAACCCUAACCUUAACCUAAACCCUAACCCUAAGCCCUAAUCUAACCCUAAACCCUAAUCUAACCCUAACCUAAUCCUAAACCCUAACCUUAACCUAGACCCUUACCCUAAGCCCUAAUCUAACCCUAACCUUCACCUAACCCUUAACCCCAAACCCUAACCCUAUGGACGAGUUUCUAUACAAUAUGCAUUAUGAAUUCAGAACUUCUGAGCAUUUAUCAAACCUCAACAAGUUUUUAAAUCAUGUAAAAGAAGAAUAUCCACUGUAAUUCAUUACUUUCUUGUAAUAUAUUUUUACUUUAUACUGUCUUCUGAUUGGCUAAUAAUUGAAAUUGCUCAAACGCUUCUCAUUGGCUCGUCCCUAAAUUAGAGUUUCGCCGUCCCAUCUGUUUUAACCUCUCAUUAAGCACCUCCUCCUUAAAAUCCGCUGUGAACCGACCGUAUGUUAGCAUCGCGUGUUGAACUUGGCUCCGUGACCUUGAAAUUGCUCAAACGCUUCUGAUUGGCUCGUCGCUAAAUUAGAGUCUCGCCAACUUGGUAAAUGUUAGUCUUAACAUCCUUUCAGCUGCAACUUGACAUCAGAGAGCUGUAGUCUUAACGUUUAAGUGUGCUGUGACCAUGAGCUGGGGAUAAAUUCAGUAGUUUCUCUAAAUUUGCAGUUAGUGCCGUCUGUGUCCAUGUUGACGCUUUUAGUUUGAUUAAUAGAUAUUAGCCCCCAAAUGCCCUGGUACGGCCGAGAGUGGGGAAAGUCCGCUCUCCCUUUAGAAUUGCUAUCACAUGGCCACGCGUAUAUAGCCUCUGCCAGGGAAGUACUACUCACUGCCCUCUCGUGGCGGGGGUGUUGUUUACAAAAAUGAGAGGACGAAAAGCGAAUGACCGGAUUCCAAACUGAUGGUGCACAUGGGCUCCAGUAUCCUGCGGGAACAAAUGGCGUAUGAACCAAUUGUUGAUCACCGGCUUCCAUCGGACUGCAUCUCCUCACGAUGCUCCACUGCCUUGUGGAUCAGACCUUCAGGUCGAAGGCUCGGGGAGUGGCCCCUUAAGAAAACCACCUGCUUCGGUUUUGGGACCUGGGCAGUAUCAUAGCUUUCACGCAUAUCAAAUGAGAUAUGUGUGGUGCCUAUGUAUUUGGUGCCUCCUCGUAUCAAUAGAUAUUAACUAUAGCUUGGACUAACCUACCAGAGUUUUGUGGUCUGCAUGGAAUGGAUAUACGUGAUCUGACCAAUAACUUGAUGUUAUCGCCAUAAAGUAACAUUGGUGUAGCAUGAUAUAUGUAGGUUCUUUGACAUAGAGAAUUAAUAACAGUAAGCUCUGAUGUACUUUUCUAAGUCCUGGUAUCCAGUAAGAGAUGUUGCAAUUAGCUUAGACUUUUUGUGGGCGACCGGCCAAAAUGUCUCUAAACUACCUAAUCAAGUAUUCGAAGAUUCCUAAACUUUCCAGCUUCACUAAGAGCCUAUUAUGCGGAAGCCUAUCGAAGGCUUUGUUAAUGUCUAUGCGAAUUAUAUCCAAUGACUUUUUGCUAUCUAGUUAAUCUGCUCAGAUAUGCUUGAUCGGUAAAAGAUUUAUCAUACGCUGUCGACCAUUUCUGAAGCCAUGCUGUUCACUUAGUAAGCUGUGGGUGUUUAUAAAGAUUAUAGUAUUCUUUAUAAUAACUGAAAUGUAUUGACUGCAACACGAGUGAGACUUAUUCUGUAGUUCGACCGAUGUUAUUUAUACUCCGUCCCAUGUUUCGGAGUGACUGUCGCAUCUUUCUAGUCUUGGUAACACACUAGCUGAGUGAUAUUUCGAAUAUCGUGGUGAGGGGAGGCAGCCGCCUAUAUCCCAAGUUGUGAUGUGAUGAAAUGAAUGAGAAAUGAGCGAGACUAUAAUUUAUGGACGAAUCAAUCACAUGUAAGAUAAAAGAACUCGGAUUUUCGCGUGAAAUUCACUCAUCUGUUAGGAUAAGUAGAGUUUUGGCAUUGAAGCUGAUGUCGGUUCAUGAUGAAAGCCCUAAAUCUAAAUUCUAGCCUAAAUCAUAAACUGCAAAUCAUAAUUCCAAUCCCUCACACGGGUUUAUAACCCUCAUUUGGUCCUGAUUAUUAGGUGGACACUCUCAAGGUCAGUCUCGUCGCUCAAAGUUCGUCUGUAAAUUAUAGUCUCACUGGUAGCUCAUCCAUCCCUAUUGAUUUCUUCGUAUCCAAAUAGCUUAAUGAAUUCAACACACCAUCUGCGACAAGAAGGGGUUUAUGAGUAAAGACGUUGCCUGAGUAAUUGCACAUGGCUUCUGCUUUGUCCUAGUCAUCUUCUGUCGUCUGAAAAAUUUCCUUAAUUAUAACGGAAAUUCAUUGGUUCGUUUUAAUCUUGGAAUCAACAUAGAAGAGUAGUGACAUUGUAUGCCUUAUUACUUAUUUAUUAUAUUUAUUUGAACACGUAAAUAUUGGUACAAGAAGGCACCAAAUAUAUACGCGCCACACAUGCCUUAUUAAAAUUCGUGAGAGUUGAUUUUCACAUUUCUUUCGUGAGUUACGGAUUUGGUAAUGUAUUCAUUUCAGUCAACUUAUAAAGUUCCCUUGAAUCAACUGUACGGAGACUGACAAUGAUGUCUCUUUGUUCUUUUCUUUGGUUGCAACAAGCAUUAAACUUUAUGUCUAAUCCAGAGUCGUUCUUGCUUUUGGGUCUUUUCAAGGUAUAAAUAUUGGCUUUAGUUUCCGGAAACGACCCCAUACCUCUCCAACCGAUGCUCUGUAGUCCUUUGUCCAGUCUUAGGAAGAGGCAGUGGUCACUUCUGCAAAUAGUUGAGAAGGAAUUACGUCGAAUAACAUUGUGUUCGUGAGUGAGAAUUAAGUCAAUGAUAGUGUUGUAAGUCAUUUCUGAUAAGAUCUCCAAUAUUCUGAACUAGAGUAAGAUUGGUUGACAGUGGAUCUUGAUCAGACGAGUUUGCUGAACCUUUUUGAUCUGGAAUGGAGCUUAUCAAUAACGAAAUUAUUUGCUGUGCAUUCGAAGCUGCGACAUAAUACUAACAGUUUCAUGUCCUACUCUACAUUUUAGCCGAUACAUCACCGAUUAAAAUGUUUGUGAAUCACAUGUCACUGUCUCAAGGGUUCGUAUAGUUAAAACAUUUUUCUAGUAAAGGAUAGAACGGUCAUCUCUACGACUUGUUCUGUCAGUUCCACAGUUCGAGAAUCGAGUCAGCGCCAUUUAAUUGUGGCUUAUUUUUGAUAUUAUUCAUAAUUUUUGGACCAAAAUAACAUCAGGACAUUCAGCGACUACCAUGUUUCUGAUCUCCACCUUAUUUAAAAUACCAUAAGGAUUGACAUAACGUAUUUCUUUGGGGAUAAUUUAUAUAACAAGCCAAUAGUUUCUUUAUGGUCAUCGAAAAUGUAUCGGGUAAUUAAGGACAUCAAUGAUUUAAUUUUAAUGAUAAGCUCUCAUGAUAUUAUUUCAGAUAUUGAUAAUAACAGUGACUAUCAUAUUGAUGUUCUCAUAUGUGAUACGAAACAUCUACUGUGCUGCAGUUCGCUCUGUUCGGCUUUAACUGUGAAAUGUCUAAAAAUAGAGUAUAUUCAUGGGUUACUGGUAUUCAGUCUUACGUGUCCUCGAAUAAAUUGUUUGGAACAUCAAGUUAGAAAUUCUAAGGUUAUAUGCAUAGUACUACGUUAGUAUGGCAAAACGAUUGACGAUUUAUUGGAUCAUUAUCGACUGAGGUACCUGGGACAUGUAUUAAAUAUGACCAUCCACCGACUACCUUGAUGGGCAAUGAUGACUGGUGCAGAGAGUGAAUGGCUCAGAGUCGUUCACUGUAGCUUAGGUGCGUUCACACUUUGUUUUCCCUUAAAACUCAAGUAUUAAACUGUUUACAAAUACUUUAUAUUUCACUAAAUUUAUAUUUUCUCGAAUAGUGUGUUCGAUGUCUUAUGUUUUCUGUUGCCACAUCUACCACUUUUGAAUUUGCCCUGACAGUGUUAACUUGAUGUACUAAUAGGGUUAUUUAUUUAUUCAAACACAAAUAUUGAUACAAAAAUGCACCAAAUCUAUAUGUGCCACAUAAAUCAUUCGAUUUAUGCGAGGGCUGGGGUACUCCCCGGGCACCCAAACCGAAGCAAGUGGUUUUCUUAGGGGGUCACACCCGGUGCCUUUCAUCUAAAGGUCUGAUCCACAAGGUUGUGGAGCAACGUCAGGAAAUGCGAUCUCAUGGUAGCCGGUGAUCAACGUUUGGUUCAUACACCAUUUGUUUCUUCAGGACCCUGGGGUCCAUGUGCAUCACAUGUUUAGAUUGAGCAUUCUCCAACUCCCAUAGGUGAAUACUUUAUAUCCACGAACCCGAGUAAAGCGCCGGACAUUCGCUUUUUGUCCUCCUAAUUCUGCAAACAACACACCCACCGCGAGAAAGCAAUGAGUAGAACUUCCCUGACCGAGGUUGUAUACACAUGGUCAUGUGAGGGCAUUUCGACAGAAAGAGCUGACUCUCUCCACUUCCCAGCCGUACCAGUGUAUAUCGGGGGCCAAAAUGAAUGGUGGUUAGCAGUGGAAUUCAGGACUCACAUUUCAUCCUAUUUGAGACUUGUCAACAAGAUGUACCUGCAUCCUAGAAUUGAUAUUCACUGUGGAACUCAAACUCAAUACUGUUCGCUUCAAAUACUAUUAUUUUAUCCACUUACCUAUUAAAUAUGACAACUUGAACGGAUGUGCAUAUUCGCGAAGUUCUACAUUGUAUUUAAUUGAUCUAUGAAAUUCAUUAAGUGUUAACUAAAUUGUCCGUUAUCACCAAGUUCAUAUUAUUCAUAUAUCAUCGAACGUUAAGUUCACUGAAUCCUUUUUUGUAACAUACAAGUGAUUUAAUUUUAUCAGAAGGGGUUUUGUGGAGAUUUUAGAAAUUUCACUGAUUGAAAUCAUGAGUUGAUUGGAGCUAGACCACCAUGGGAAACCUAGAAGCACUGGACGGCCGUUUCGUCCCAGUACGGGACUCCUCAGCAGUGCGCAUCCACGAUCCCGCACCAGGUCUGUUGUGAGAUAUCAACUCACUGAAGACAAUGGUGUACGGUGGCGCAACUUCGUGGAUUGGUUGAAGUUAGACAUUAACACUGUUGGAUGCUGGCCAGCUCAGUGGUCUAGUUGGUUAAGCGCCUGGCGCGAGGCUGACAGGCCCUGGGUUCGAGAUCAUAGAUGCGCAUUGCUGAGGCGUCCCAUACUGGGACGAAACGGCCGUUCAGUGCUUCCAGGUUUUCCAUGGUGGUCUAGCUUCAAUUGACUCAUGAUUCCAAUCAGUGAGAUUUAAUUUUAAUCAUUUCGAUUGCAUAUAUAUUACAAUAUAUUAUAAAUCCCCUAUGUUUAUUUCGUUGUUGUUGUUUUUUGAAAAUUACAACCUACUUACCUCAUAUUAACAUACGAUUAUUGUUAAUUGUCAAAGUACGGUGCAAAAAUAGUACAAUCUGUAUAUAUAGUUGUGUAUAUUGAUCUGUUCACAUGAUGACUUCUUUAUUAUUAUAGAAGAGAGAAAAAAAACAAACUAUUUUAAUGAUAUGCAUAAUAUGAAAUUAUCUAAUUCAUUAACUUUGAUUGAAUAAUUAAAUGAGCCAAUAAGUGUACAUAUGAAUGUCAGCUUAUAUCUAUAUAUAUACAUCUUGUUUUGUUUUGUUUUGUUAUACUAAUUCUUUCAUUGUCAUUAUUCAUAUUCUAAUGAAGAAAGUCACAAGAUACAUUUAUCAUAUAAAAAGGAUUAUAAAUAAUAUAAAGAAAAGAAAUUAAAACUUUUUUUAUUUUCUUUCAAUUGAUUCUUUUCUCUCUUUUCUUGUUUUCUUUUAUUCUUUUUUUUUCGUUGUUGUCGUUCUUGUUGUUGUUACUAACUGACAAACUUCUUUUAUUGAUAUUUAUGUGCAUAUCAUUAUUUUGAUAAGAGUAUUAGUAUUAUUAUCAUCAUCGUCAUCAUCAUCAUCAUUGUUACCUAUUAAAUUUACACUUGUUAUAUAUUGAAAUAUCCAUUCAAAAACGUGUUCAAUUCAGUGUUUUAUGUGCAUCGGUAAUCGAUUAUGCAGCAAAACAUUCAAACCACGUAAAAAUAUCUCUGAAACUAAUAAUAAUAAUAAUCCUUCUACUAAUACAAGUAAUCAUAAUCCUACUAUUGGUAAUAAUAAUAAUAAUAAUCAUGAUGUCAAUGGUAAACAAAAUGAUUUAUUACCAGAAACUGCUGCAACAUUGGGUAGUGGAGAUUUACGUUUAGCUGUUCGUCUACCUGAAGGUGAAGAUCUACAUGAAUGGAUUGCUAUAAACACUGUAGAUUUUUUCAAUCAAAUUAAUAUGCUUUAUGGUACAUUACUUGAAUUUUGUACCGAUGAUACAUGUCCAAUUAUGUCAGCUGGUCCAAAGUAUGAAUAUCAUUGGGCUGAUGGACAAACAGUGAAAAAACCAUUGAAAUGUUCUGCACCACAUUAUAUUGAUUGUUUAAUGAUAUGGAUUCAAAAACAAUUGGAGAAUGAAGCUAUAUUUCCAUCGAAAAUUGGUGCUCCAUUUCCACGUGAUUUUCUUAAUGUAGUCAAAGUGAUAUUAAAACGUUUAUUUCGAGUUUAUGCACAUAUUUAUUAUCAACAUUUUUCUGAAGUACGAGAUCUACAAGAAGAAGCUCAUUUAAAUACAAGUUUUAAACAUUUUAUAUAUUUUGUAUUGGAAUUUAAUUUAGUUCAAAAACGUGAACUUGUUCCAUUACAACACUUAAUUGAUUUAUUAACAACAAAUGAAUCUACCACAAAUGAUGAACAUAAUAGUAAUGAUAAUGGUUCUACAUCACAUAAUUAUUCAUUACAUACAACUACUAAUGAUAAUAAUAUAAGUAGUAUAAUCAAUGAUAAUUAAAUAUUACAUAUCUCUAUUAGAUAUAAUAUAAGUAUAUAUAUCUUUCAUAAUAAUCGUUAUCAUUGAUAACGACAACGAUCAUAAUCAUGAUUUAUGCCUUAAUCUAUUCUUAUAUUGACUUCUUUCUUUGAUAUAUAUAUAUCAAUAUCCUGUAUGUGGUACUCUAGCGUUUGCAUGGAAACUACCAUAUAUUUUUAAAUUUGUUCUAUAUGUAUGAGUUAGACGAAUAUUUCUUUUCUGUUGGUAUACCAAAAAUAAAACACAAUUUAUAUGUAUAUAUUAAAAAUAAAUACUUAACAGACAGGUGAUUUCAUAUUCUGUUAAAGGUAUGAGGAAAGUUGUCGAUUCCAUGAUUGCCUGUCCACACCAUAAAACAAUAUUCCUUCUUCGAGGGGUGUCAAUUGAAAAUGCAAUUAGGGUCAAUGGUGGUAUUAUUAAAGAGUUGGGAAUGUAAUCGAACAGCCGAAAGGAACAACUGCUUGGGGAUGGUUAUACACAUUUCGUGGAAAUUUUUUAAUCUAUUUGCUUUAUACUUCAAAAUGCCUUACUGUUAUAGAUGGAAAUCCAUGGGGUAAAAUAAGUUGUGACAUUUUUAGGCCCGACCUUUUCUAACCUCUUCAUUCUACUACGAGAAAGCAGCAUCUUAAUAGAUGAUAGUAAUCUGAUGGAAAAACUGUACUACUAUUAUACCCCUGUACAGUCGUCAGUUCGACUUAACCCCUGGCUUUAGUUUUAUCGUCGUUCUCCAGUAGACCUGCCAUAUAUACCCUUGUGGGUCAGGGUAAUAUUAAAUUGGUUUUCAGAAGGACCAGACAUUCACAUGACAACCCAAACAGCACAGCUCAAUCCCGUUUGACAGGAGAGCCAAACACCACCCAGGCUUAAAUUUUGUAACCCGAGCAGUACAGCUGAAUCCCGUUUCACAGGAGAAAUAGACACCGUAUAGGCUUUAAUGCUACAAUCUGAAUAGUACAGCUCAAUCCUGUGGCGCAACCACACAGGUACAAAGCACCCUAGUGGACCAUCCAAGACAUGUCACUAUAUCUCGGCUGAGUUAUUACAAUAUACAAUCCCAACCUACCACUUUAAGGUAGUAGUUACAGUCGGGAAAUACAUUAUCUUGAGAGCGGAUAUCCUUACUGUGGUGAUAAGCGUUUGUUCAAAAUAAAGUUUACGUCAAUCGGAAGGACAACCACAUUAUUUGUAAGUGUUUGAAGCGAAAGGUACUGGGCUUGAGUUCCGAUGGAGCAUCAAAACUUUAAUACAGGCACAUUCAGUUGACGAGUCUUAAGCGGGAUAAAAUUCACCUGGAUUCCACCACCAGCCAAACUACCAACUAUUCUGUAGAAAUAAGUUAAAUAUCUGUUUAUACCCCUUUCACAGAUUCUCUGAAUGUGAGAGUGAUAGCUUACUAUUUAUAGUAUUGAACGUUUAGCCACUGACUAACCGGGUUAUAAGUUUGAAACCUGUUCUACUUACAGUCUGAAUUGUAUCGUUUGAUAUAAUUUAAAAAUGAAUCGAUAAGCCACCACUCUAUUACAGAGUUGCCUUAAGCAUUUGUAGUAAUAAAUGAAAUUUCAUUUUCAUCGGAUAUAUCUCUAGUGGAUUAAUAAUAUCUGAGAGGGGUUUUGCGGAGAUUGUAGUAAUUUAAUAGUUGAAUUCAUGAGUCAUUUAAAGCUAGACCACUAUGGAAAACCUGGAAGCACUAGUGACUGGCUUCAAGAGGUAUUCCCUGGAGUUCUAAUGAGAAGCCGUGACCAGUGGAAUUCAACCGGGUCUGUUGUAAGAUUGUGACUCACUGGAGACGGUGGUUCGAUUUCGUGGAUUGGUUGAAGUUAGACAAUAACAGCGUUGGAUACCAGCUCAGUGAUCUAGAGGUUAAGCGUUCGCGCGCGUGAUCGAGGAUGCUCGCUGCUUCGGAGUCCCAUACUAGAAUGGAACGACUAUCCAGUGGUUCCAUGGUGUUCUAGCUUUAAUCGACUCAUGGAUUAAUAAUAGUACUUAUAAAUGAGAAUAACACCGAGAAAAUAGGCACUAACUUUAUGAUUGAUUCCCAAAUAUGGUUAUCCGAUUCCUAACCACUUAGACUGAAGGUCACAUAACUAAUUCGUUAGGGUCUAACCGAAAAUCUUAUUCUUUAUUACUCAGGUAUCAGUGUAAAAAUACCAAAUUUGUGAAGAUAAAUCACUUAAUGAAUAGUUCAAUUGUAAUAUCUGUUAUGACCUUGAUGUCUGGCUUUCUAUCACGCGACUUAUCGACCAGUCAGAAUACGACUUAUACAAUUUCGCACUAUGCCAAACCAAUGACGUUCAACCGGUAUGAGCAGUUUAGCGUCCUGAUCGGUCCUAUGUCCUCCUAACCCUUCCACUUGAGUCCAGAACAUAAUACCAGCUUCUGUAAUAUGAAUCGAAUCAUUUAUUUCAGACAUACUCGGUUUAUAUAUCAAUCAGACAGACCACAACGUACCAUAAAAUAGAAAAUAACAUGUGUACACAAAUAAGCCAAAAAGUGGCUGUGAACGAGGGGGACAGUAAUUAAUAGACUGAGCAUAGCUUAAGAACCGUAAAUCAUACAAUAAUAAAUUAUAGGUCAAAAUAAAGCUUAUCAUAAGAGGAAUAUAAAUAUACAUAAUGUAAUUGUUGAAUAGUUAUACAAUAAGAAUAUUUAUAGAAUAUUAGUUCAUUAAUAGUCCUUGGAAGUUACCUGUAAUUUAAUCUUCACCGGGAUACAACAACAUCUUCGAUCCCCUGUAAAAUUGAUUUCAGUUUUAAAGGAAGGGGUAUUUCAUAUGGCUACUAAUGAUUGACUUGGUUUCUGGAGAUUUCUGAAUACAUUUUUAGUAUUAGUAAUAAUUUAAUCACUUAACUAAGCAAGUUAGAAAAAAAACCUGGGUCUUUUUUUCAGUUUGUUAGAUCCUUCUUCUGAAAACUAUACAAAUACUCUAAUUAACUAGGUAGAAGGUUAAUUGUAACAUUGAAAAAUAGAAUGGAUUUGUGCUCUUGAUAACUAUUCAAAAAUUCAAGUUCAAUCAGUGUUGGGACUAGAACAAACGUUCAUCAAUUCAAUCAGUACAAAAGAAAAAGCUUAGAACAGUGAAACAUAAAGUUCUUAAAUAAAUAUAAAGUCAUAAUAAAUGACUUUCUUAGACUCUUUUCUAUUGUUCUAAUAUAAUUGAAAAACUUCAAACGUUCCUAGAAAAUUAUCCCACUCAUUCUUAGAUGAUAAAAGCGGUAGAACUGAUUACAAAUAGGUAAAUGCCACAAUGACUGAGGUUUUUUUAAUUUUAUAACCUGAAAAUUUGUUGAAUGUAAUGCUUCCAUGGUAACUGAUUGUUUAGAACUAUUGGGUCAUUUUAUUAUCUGAGAUUUCCAUACACAUAAUCAUAGUAAAAUCUAGAUGAGUAAUUCUGUGUUCGAUUCACUGGAAAAAGAAGUGGUGGAGAAGAUUUGUAGCUCAAUUGGAUGAGUUCAAUGAAGUUUGUACUAAUGAUGUCGUUCACAAGAACAAUGAAAGCUCCACAACUAAACCAUCCAGCUCAAAGAACAAAAACUGGAAAGUUUUUGUUCAGUUAACCAGGUAAGUGGUUAUAAUACGUUUUAUGUCAAAAUUAUGAUACAACUACGUACACCAAGUUCUAUUCCGUUUAAAUUUGAGCUGUACUACAGAAGUAGUGGUGUAUUGGUUAAAUGACACAAAUGUUAAUCAGUGUAUCAUAGAUUUUAUCCAAUGUUUCGAGGAUUCAUCAGUUGAACAUGUAAAUACACAUGCUGACAUACCCAACCUUGCAGUUGAACAGAUAGUUUUUAUGACUUAUUAAUUUUGUAAAUACUUGAGAGGAUGAGUUCCGGUGUCAAUUAGAUUGUAUAUUCCAACUGGAAAAAUCACAUUUACUGAAUACUUAUUUUUUUAUUCCCUAGAUAAAAUACCUAACUAUGAUUCUCUGAUCAGAAUAGAUCACUGUUUAGCGUCUGAAAUAAUUUUUCGUGGUUCUUGAUGCUUAUCAGACUGCUUUUUGAAAGACUCCACCAGUAUAGAUUAUGGUACGUCUAGGAUCAUAUAAGAUAGGUAGAUAUAAAAUAAGAACAUUCUCACUGAUUAAUUGUUCAGUAAUAACCAGUAGAAUCUUUAUCUAAUCCAUCGUACUAAUUGAAUCCUAUAAAUCAAUUUGUAAUACAUUCACCAGUCUAAAUAAAUUAUUAUCCCAUGCACUACAUUUAAUUAUAACUUGACAGGGAACUCCGAAUCCAGAUUUCCUUUUACUUGACAUAUACCAUCAUAGCAUACCUUCAGUCCUAAGGGAACUGAUGCUAAGAUUUAGAGAACAUUCUGUGAGUUUAUUGAUGUUAGUUAAUUAAUAGUCAGGAUUAUAAAAAGAACAUUAAUAAUUCAAUAUCACCGACCGGGUGCCCAGAACGAAGCAAGUGGUUUUUUAAGGGGAAACACUCGGAGCCUUCGAUUUAAAGAUCUGAUCCACAACAUAGUGGGGCAACGUCAGGAGAUACAGUCACAUGGUAGCCGGUGACCAACGAUUGGUUCAUAUGCCAUCCGUUCCUUCAGGAUCCUGGAGCCCAUGUCCACCAAUUGUUUGCAAUCAGGUUUUUUCAACUGUCCUAUGUAGAUCCUCUAUAUCCAUCAGCACCGUUAAAGCAACGCAUAAUCGCUUUUCUUCCUCACAAUUUCGUAAACAACACCCUCACCGUGAGAAGUCAGUGAGUAGGAUUUCCCCGGCAGUGGCUGAAUACGCAUUGUCGUGUGAGAGAAUUUCGAGAGGAAGAGCUGACUCCCCCCCACCCUCAGUCGUACCAUAGCAUUUGGAGGCAUAUAAAGGGUGAAGCGAGACACAGCACACAGUAUGUGUGAGAAAGAGUUAUGCAUAAGUACGUGGAAUUAUUCAUCUGACUCAGGACAGUCCUCAUGAAAAUGUUCUAAGAAUUGUUACAGUUAGUCAAACCACGUUUCAUGUAGUAAUUCAACGAAGACAUGCAGAUUUGUGAUACAUCACCAAUUAAAUUUAAUAGUAAGUGUGAGUCAUUGGAAUUUAGCUCAGUGAUACCUUUCUCAUAAAGAAACUGAAAGAUUUUUGUUACACCUUUCAUAAAAUAGAGACAGUUUCAUUGUAAUUUCUUUACAGUGCUACCUCAAUACAGUUUGAUCAUAGAACCCCUGAUGAGUACAAAUGCUCACUCUGAGUGAAUCAUUUAGACUAAGUAAUUCAAACUAGUAAGAAUGUAAAAUAUACUGCUCAUUGAAAUCUGUAUUGAAAAUUAUCACCGCUUACCGAUUCGUGCAUUCACAUCUGCAUCAGAUCCACUGUGUUCAUCAAUGAUGCUGCCGAAAUAUGUAAAGGUUUUUACAUCCUCUAAAGCUUCUCCGUCAAGUGAGGUUUGAUUGGUGCAUAUUGUGUUGUAUCGGAUAAUCUUGAUUUCCCGUUUGUGUAUGCUAAGACCUACUACUUUUGCUACACUGGUCGUCUUCUCAUGGAUUUGUUGUCCUUGGAUUUCCAAUAUUUCACCAAAUGAUCUCAGAAUGGGGGAUUUGUGGAGAUUAUAGUAACUUGAACAGUUGAAUUCAUGAAUCAAUCUAAGCUAGACCCUCAUUGAAAACUUGAAACAACCAUCCAAUACGUUCAAGUUUUCAAUAGUAAUCUAACUUAGAUCAAUUCAUGAAUCCAACUGUUAAAUAACAUUACUUUAUGAUAAUCAGUCGUUAUAAACUCAGUAAAAAAAAUCACUACAAAUCCACAUCAUUUGAUAAGAGUUAAGACAUACUUCUUCAACUUUUCUCAUAUUUUGAUAACUCUACAUAAUAUGCUAAUAACUUUGACAAAUUCGGG